AAAGCUGGAGAAGCCGAGGGGAGCCUGCCCGCCCCCCAGGCUCAGAGAGGGGCCGAGGCACCUGGCAAGCAGGGGGUAUACGGCAAGCACUGGAGAAGAAGAGCCGGGGGGAUUCCCUGCACCCCACAGGGGCUGGGAAGGGCUCAGACAACGUCAGGCUGAGCCGGGCAGGGCCACCCCCACGGGCCCUCAGUCCCGGGAGACGCACAGAGAGCACAAGGAAAAGCCAAAAGGAGAUCUCCCCUCCCAGCUUGGUGCGGGGUGCAGAGAGGCAGCAAGCAAAGCCUGGGGAGCUGCUGCACCUCGCAGGGCCCAGGAAGCCAUCGGAAUGCAGCUGGCAGAGCCUCCGGGAAAAGGUGACCUCCUCGCAGCCCUCAAAGGGCACCAGCAGUGACUGCAAAGGCCGAGGCAAGCCCCUGCGCCCCACAAGCCCAACACGACUCCUGGAGCAGGACUGGAGGGGCCGGGGCGAUGCCCACCGAGCACAGGUGUGGGAGAAGGACUGGAAGCGCCAAGCAAUGCCCGUGUGCCAUGCAAAUGUGAUGCGCCAGCUGGAAAGGGACUGGAAAAGCCCUGCUAGAUUUCUGGAAGGAGGACUACGGCCGGAUGACAGCUGGAGAAGGCCUGAGAGUCCAACACAGGAUCUGGAGGAGGACUGGAAGGGUCCCGAGCCCGCACGAGAUGCACACAGCCCUGAGAAGCCAUUGGAAACUGACUGGGGGAACAAGAGUCUUCUCAUUUACCAUCCCCAGCUGGGUGGAAGCACCUUCCCACCGCAAAGCAGCACUGGCUCCUCAGGAAGCCCGCAGCCACAUUUGAAUGCCAGUAAGAAGCACAACAAGCCGGAUCUUCUCAAUUUCAAGAAGGGAUGGAUGUCCAUCCUGGACGAGUCUGGAGAGUGGAAGAAACACUGGUUUGUGCUGACCGACUCGAGCCUGAGGUAUUACCGGGACUCGAACGCAGAGGAGGCUGACGACCUUGACGGCGAAAUCGACCUGCGCUCCUGCACGGAUGUGACGGAGUUCGCGGUGCAGCGCAACUACGGCUUCCAGAUCCACACAAAGGAUGCCGUCUUCACCCUGUCAGCGAUGACCUCUGGCAUCCGGCGCAACUGGAUCGAGGCCCUGCGGAAGAAUGUGCGCCCAGUCAGUGCUCCAGACGUCACCAAGCUCCCUGACUAUGACAAGGAGAACUUCCGUAACUGCGUUCCCCAGAAAGGCUCACUCCGGACGGAGGAGCAGCAGCGGCCGGGCUCGGGCUCCGAGGGGAACUCCAAGGGCAGUCCCUGGAAGGCGGAUGGGCAGCGCCAUGCCUUUGACUAUGUGGAGCUGUCUCCCUUGCCACAAGAGCCUGGAAGUCAGGGGUCCCUGCAGAGGACGAAAGGGAGCCUGAAGGUCUCCGAGCGAGCUCCCAGGUAUGAGGAGCUGGAGCGGGAUCUGGCCAUCCGAUCGGAGGAGAGGAGGAGAUGGUUUGAGAGCCCUGAUGGCAGGGUCCCCAACAGCGAUGGCCCGGCAGGAGACCCUGCCCGCAGGGCUGGGGAGCAGGACCUCCCCACCCCCCCACUUUCGGAGGAACAACGCAUCCGUCUGAACGAGGAGAUAGAGAAGAAGUGGCUGGAGCUGGAGCACCUGCCCUUGAAGGACUUGCGGCGAGUGCCCUUGACAACACUGCUGAACCAGAGCAAGGAGGGCCAGGGAGACACCAAUGAGGCGCUGAAAAAGGAGAUCCAGUCACUGCGGGCACAGCUGGAGUCGUGCCGGGCCAGAAACGAGAGCCUUCGGGAGGCAGCAAAAUCCCAGGGGGACAGCCAAGUGCCCCGAGGGUACAUCUCACAGGAGGCCUGUGAGCGCAGCCUGGCUGAGAUGGAGUCAUCCCACCAGCAAGUGAUGGAGGAGCUGCAGAGGCACCACCAGCGGGAGCUGGAGCGGCUGCGGCAGGAGAAAGAGCGGCUCCUGGCAGAGGAGGCAGCAGCAACAGCAGCAGCCAUUGAGGCACUGAAGAAAGCCCACCGGGAGGAGAUGAAUAAGGAGCUGGGCAGGACACGGAGCUUCCAGCAAUGCAGCUCGCUCCCAGAAGCCCUCCAGAAGCAGCACCAGUUGGACAUGGAGUCACUGAAGCGGGAACUGCAGGUGCUUUCUGAGCAGUAUUCCCAAAAGUGCCUGGAAAUCGGGGAGCUCACCCAGAAGGCAGAAGAGCGGGAGCAGAUAUUGGAGCGCUGUCAGCGGGAGGGGAAGGACCUCCUCCAGAAAAAUCAGGAGCUGCAGACGCGCCUCUCGGAUGAGAUCGGGAAGCUGCGAAGCUUUAUUUCAUCGCGGGGCUCUGGGGACCGCGCCUCGCACAACAACGAGCGCAGCUCCUGCGAGCUGGAGGUGCUGCUGCGGGUGAAGGAGAAUGAGCUCCAGUACGUCAAGAAGGAGGUGCAGUGCCUCCGGGAGGAGCUGCAGAUGAUGCAGAAGGACAAGAGAUUUGCCUCAGGGAAAUACCAAGACGUGUAUGCAGAGCUGAAUCACAUUAAGGUGCGCUCGGAGCGCGAGAUCGAGCAGCUGAAGGAGCACCUGCGCCUGGCCAUGGCAGCUCUGCAGGAGAAGGAGUCGCUGUGCAACAGCAAGUAACGGUCUGCUCUACAUUCGUUAUCUGUUCUUGUUUUGUAUUUGCUCCAUUCCUCACUCGUGGGGAGAGGGAGGUUGAAUCCUUAUCCGUUGCCACCUUGGCAAGGAGUCCUACACACCCCCAACCUCCUCACUCCCCUCCCAAAGCUUUUUUGAUGAACCCUUUUUGCCUGCAUACCUGAGCACGUUGUUUGGACUGGCUCCUUACAUGCACCUUCCUCAGGAUUUUAUAUGUGAAAAUUAUAUUUUAUAGAGGAAUUUUUUUUCCCCAUGGAAAGGAGGGGAAGAGGAGGAGGAAAACUUUUACUACAUCACCGGCAUUUUUCUAACCUGAAAAAGAGAGCCUGGUUUUUUCCCCCUUUCCUAGCUCCAUUUCCCCUGGCCACACACAGCCACCUUUGGCACAUAUUCCCUCUCUUCCAAAUGUCUCCACGGUCCCCGUGGGAUGCAGGGCAAGGACCGUGCUCCCCCUCCCCGUGCCAGCCCCGGGACCUGCGGAGAAGACACGCAAGCCAUAGGGAGAGCCGCUGGGGCUGUCUGCCGUCGGUGUGCUUGCCCGAGGCGGCUGAAAGAGGACACCUUGGCAAGAGUCCACAUGACCGAGCUCUCUCUCCGUGGCUGCCCUUUUGGCUCCUGCAAGAACCUGCAUUGGCAGGAGCCCAGAGCCGCGGGGCUUCUCCUUUCUGGGGAAGAGGAGCUGUGAGGCUGCUACUGCACCCACCCGAGCCAACCUCCCCAGGGUGACAGCUGCUGCUGCUCUGCUGUGCCCUUCAACUUUUAACUUAAUAAAAUCUUCCCCUUUCACUGAGAAAAA